AGAAAGGCUGUGGGGAUACAGAGUGGUGGAGGGAGGAGGAAAACUGGGUGUCUCCAUCAUGCCUCAGCUACCCUCUAUAUCCUGGUACAUGGCACCAGCUUGAGCUUGAGGAAUCCCAUACUUGGCAGCCAUCCUGGGAUCCCACAGGAGAAAGAGGGAAGGGACACUGCAUGUGUAUUACGAUAAGAUCUUUUCCUGCAUGAUUACAGAGCUAACUACUUGCCUCUUGCCUGAAUUCCUGAUCACAGAUCCUCCUGAACUCACCUCAUUGACUGCCUCAGAUGGAUGUAUGAGGGCACAAUGUUACAGCAGUAUGGUUAUUAUUUACAAGCUUCUCAGACCCUGACUUACUCUGUAACUUCUUUCUUCAUGCUAUCGAAUAUAUUAGUGCAGAAAUAUAGGGCCAAAUGAUAAUGAAACAUUAUGGGAUUAAAUUAAUCUUUUAGUAGGUCCACUAAUUUGAUGGAAUUACACAAGAGACUAGGUUGAUUUAUAAUGUAAAUGCAUUUUAGAAAAAGGUAUGGAAGUGACUAAACGAACAAUUGCAUUUAAAGAUGCAUGACUCUCAUAGAGUUUAAUUUUAAACAGCUGCAAAGAAAUGAAUACGUACCACUUUCGUUAAACUAGAAAUACACUAUAAGUGUUGGAGCUAAUUAGUUAAAUGCUCAACUAUUCAGUUUUUAAAACAAGAUCACUCUUAAGUGCCUUAAGCUUUUAUUAAUUGCAUGGACCCCAACAUCCCCUAUAGUAAUUGAAAAUUUAAUUACAUAAAUUUUUUGUUCUUUUAAUAAUGGAAGCUUAUUAAACUUUGAACACUUAAACAUCUAUUGAAAUACCAGUGGCUAUAAACAACAUGCAAUUCUAAAUACUAAUUAAACAGGAAGGCUAAAUCACCGUAAAGCUAAACUGAAUUUUAAGUAACUUCACACUUGUAAGUACUCCUAUUUCUUUUUUCCAUGCUGUAUAAGAUUUACCAUUUCUUCUCUAAACACAGCAGAAGUCCUGGGCAGUGUUAGUAUCAGUCUGUACUGAGGCUGGCACGUUGUUCUGUGGACUUAUUUGCAGUGGGGGUCAGUCCCUGGAGAAUAGGCUGGAGUUCGGGAAAGGAGGCCAGUGUGGGCAGAGAGCUGUUUAAGUGGACACCUCUGGCGUUGAUGCUCAGAGGCUUGUGUACAUCUGCGAAAGUGUACGUGGGAGGCCAAGACCAGUGGAAGGCAGGGGGGACAUGGCUUUGUGGGGUUGGUUAAGAAAGUAAUGGUCUGUGCUCUACUGACUCACAAGAUUUAUGAUUUGGUAACAGUUACAUGUUGAAAGGUCCCUAAUUCAUUUUUUGUUUUAUAGAAAGUUCACAGAACUGAGACCAGAGAUAUUGAUACCUCUGUUCUGGUUUUCAGAUCCAAUCUAAUACAAGUCUUUAUCAGUUGAUCAACUUUGUUUGGGCAGAUGUCUGACUUCUCAAAAUUAACCAUUGCUGUUUGCAUUGUUAUUAAUACGAGGUAAAAACAGAAUGAACCUCACAGCCUAAACUAUAUUCUGAUUUUAAAUGGAGCUCUUUUUUAAUGUAAAUGUUCACUUUUGCUUCUGCUUGGUUGACACAACAAGAACAUUACCAUGUUAAGGUUGAAGUGGGUUGCUCGUAUAUAGACAUGAUGUCACCCUCCACUACCCAGAGCAAGGCUCUACCUGGAAGAGUAUUUGAGAUGCUGCCCAUCACUGUGUUGCUGUCUAUACUAGAACUUAAAAUGCCUCUAGGAAUAGCAGAAGUAACAUUGGGAUGGGAUUAACAGCACCAGAAGACACCAAAGUACAAAUUCUUUUCAAGGAAGGUUCCAAGCAUGGAUUGUGGGCCCCAUCAGGUUAUCAGGCAGAUGCAAGUCCUCGCUUGUAUUACUGUAAAUACUCAAGCAUGAAUCACUUGAUGUGUUUGUCUUCUGUGGCAACCACUGUGUUUUCAUACUGUGUUUAAAUAUUCAGAGAUAGCUGUGAUCUUGCCUUUUGAUGUGUGGGCAAAUGCAGCAGCUAAUUUUUCCCGUCAUAAAACAGCAGGAGCGGUUGCAUUUAGACGAACGUGCAGGUGGGACUCUGGGAAAGUGAUGACUCCAGCUUCCUUCUUGCACCUCCAACCCUGUUUCAGAAGAUUCAGAUAAUCCAUGAGAAGUGGUAAAAGGUCCACAAUUCAAAAUCUAUUUUCCGAACACCAGCACCUCAGAACAGUAAGAAGGAAAUAAUCCUUUCAUCCCAGAGUGUCAGUGUUUUCUCUUUGCUCAUAGCAGUUCUCAGAAUGGGUUCAUUGCUUGUUGCAGCACCUCUCAGGAACUGAUCUUCAUUCAAGAGUUACUGAUCUACCAAGCAUUGACUCUUCCUUCCUAAAAUGGUUUAGAAAAGUCAUCUUUGUACCGCCACUGAGAGGCAAACAGUGUUGUAGCUUCCUUAUGGACUCAGAGGGGCUGCGUAACUUUAUCAAGGCAAUAAAAAGUAGUAAAGGCUAAAAGUGCUGUAUGGAUUCUUCCCGUUUCCCCAGCCAGUUUGAUUAUUUUCUCUAGAAAACCGCAAUGGAGAUUCUACCAAACUUUUUCGUAAUACGUGAAAUACAAAUAUACUUUUACCCCGCAGGAAACGUUAAAAGCAAACCCCAUCCCUUUCCUAGUUGUGUCACUAGAUGGCCCCACGUCUGAAGCAAACAUCCCAGAAAAUAUCUGCUUUACUGGGAGACCUUUUUCCUGCUCUGCCCAGUACUUUUUACAGGGUGGCAAACACACGGAGAGGUAUUAGUUUUAAAAUAAAACAAUAGCUGAAUGUGCUAUCUCGAGUGUUUAAAUUAACAGCAGAAUGCUGUAUGAUACACGCUGCUGUGUACGGAGCAGAUGGGUCCAAUCUGACGAAGGAAGGGCAUGCUGAAGAGCUAAGAUGGUUUUGCAGUACAUUGCACCACGACAAAGCACCUUUGCUUGUAGAAAUAAAUGAUUCUCCAGUAUAUGCAGUUUGCUAUAAUGGUACAUCCUUCCAAGAGACCGGGAAGGAUAGGGUAGUUGUCUUUCCGUACGGAUAUUCCUUUUACACAUCUUGGGGGAUUUAAAAACUUAAGCCUCGGUCCGUAGUAAUUCUUUAGCUUGUCUGUGUGCCAGGCACUGGCAGAGAGCAGCAGAAGUCAUUGCUGCAGGCACUGGGGCUCUGUUUCCAGUGUGAAGGGGCCAAAGAUUUGUCAGUUUGUCUCCUGCAGGUCCCUAAUGCUUGGGCUAGGCAUUUUCUCAGGGGCAGAUGCAGGCUUUGUUUGAUUGGCAUAGAAGGGAGGGAAACUGGGGGUGGAAGUGGGAGUCUGUUUAUGCAUUACUGCGCAACAUGCUCAGGAAUAUAUGUGUGCUAUGCAGGCAACAUAAACUGCUCUUUCCCCAUCCACUGAACAAGUACUGGCCUUUCAUGCUCACACUGGGUCCUCAUACACAAUGCUGAACAUCAGCAUCCUAAAAGAGAAAGGAAAUAAUUUAUUUGCCUAAAUGUGGUUUUGGCCAUUCCUGCUUUUCCUGUGGUCCCAGCUUCAAAUCCCAAUGAGGCAGACCAAAGUCGAUACACUCAUUUCUAGAGCUUUCCCUGUAGCAACUUCUGUUAUGACCCUGAAAUCUUGGAGUUUCUCUGCAGGCACUCAGCAUGUAUGGCAUGUUUCAUCAAAGACUGUUCCAGUAUCGACGAGAUUUCUGUUUUCAGUGUCCCUAUACUUCAUAUCGCACUUUAUGCUCCCCCAGAUGUAGCUUCACUGAAUGAUGGCAGAGGUCUUUUACACUGCCUUGUUUUUAUCGCUGAACCAUUUGUGAAUGACUUUGGGUUCUCCACUCUCUGUGAAGAAAACCGUGGGGCUGACUCUGUAUUGAAAUUUCUGCUUGUCAGCAACUGACUUUGGUCACUCCUGUGUUAAAAUUGGGCAAGUUUGGUGUUAUCCCAAAGUACUAAUUCUCCAAGUACUCUGUAUUUCACUUGUGUUUAUAUAUCAAGGUCUGUGCACUGGGAGGUGCUACAGCUGGUGUUUGUAGUGUAGUUAUGCAGAUCCCAGACCUUAGGCCUUUUCUCCAGCCCCCCUCUCCAAGCACUGAGAAAAGGGGUUUCAAGUUUCUAGAGCCACACAGCCACGUUGGAGCACAAGAUUUGCUUGCACAGUCCUUGGAGACACUCUGCAUGAGGUCUGCAAGAGUCCUACCCUGGAAGUCGCAGCAGCCUGAACAUGUUGGAGGUCCAUUGCCAUAGUAAGGGAAGAUGAGAUGCGAACAGAAGCUCGUCGAAAAAAUCUCCUCAUUCUAAUUUUGCAUUAUUUAAUGGAGGAAGGGUAUGUCGAUGCUGCAAACGCUUUGGAACAAGAGACAAAAUUAAGUUUACGUGGCUUUGAAGUUUGUGACAAUAUUGAUCUUGAGACGAUUUUGAUGGAAUAUGAAAGCUAUUACUUUGUAAAAUUUCAAAAGUAUCCUAAAAUUACCAAAAAGGUCCUGGACACUGCAGAAAAUAAACAACAGCUGAGAUCUGGAAGAAGACCAAGAAGGGCAGCAAGCUCUUCUCAGAAUCUCCCAAGGCUCAAACAUCAGACAGUGCAACAACCACUGUCAAAAACUUCACCUGGGAGCACAACAGAAUUUAAAUCAUCCACCACGGAGAGCCCCAAACAGCAUAAUGACAGUGCAGUUACCCUGGAGCAAUCUGACUUUGGCUUAAGCAUCUCAGCAAUCAACAAAACUGGAGGAGACAGCAUUCACCCAAGAAGGGUUGGUGGAAACCUAGGCCAAGUAACUGACUUCCAUGGGACAAUUCAGGAUGCCAUCAAAGUAUCAUCAAAUGGAAUAGCCUUGAACGGCCUUAGUUGUGAUCCAGAUCCGUCAGAACGAUUAUUGAAACCCCUUAGUGCUUUUAUUGGCAUGACCGGUGAGAUGAGAGAACUUGCAACAGUUGUAAGCAAAGACAUUUAUCUCCAUAAUCCAAACGUGAAGUGGGAUGACAUUAUUGGACUGGAUGCAGCUAAAAGGCUAGUCAAGGAAGCAGUUGUUUAUCCCAUAAGGUACCCCCAGCUGUUUACAGGCAUUCUGUCUCCUUGGAAAGGAUUGUUGCUGUAUGGACCACCAGGUACUGGAAAAACGUUGCUUGCUAAGGCUGUUGCCACAGAAUGCAAUACAACCUUUUUCAACAUAUCAGCAUCCACCAUUGUCAGCAAAUGGAGGGGUGAUUCAGAAAAACUUGUCCGGGUGUUGUUUGAGCUGGCCCGGUACCAUGCUCCUUCCACAAUUUUCUUGGAUGAGCUGGAGUCAGUUAUGAGUCAAAGAGGCACCGCUUCUGGUGGUGAACAUGAAGGAAGUCGGCGGAUGAAAACAGAAUUACUGGUGCAGAUGGAUGGCUUGGCCCGAUCUGAUGAUCUUGUAUUUGUUUUAGCAGCUUCCAAUCUGCCAUGGGAGUUGGAUUCUGCCAUGCUGCGGCGGCUGGAGAAGAGGAUUUUGGUUGACCUCCCAAGUAAAGAGGCACGGCAGGUGAUGAUCCAGCACUGGCUGCCCUCUCUGAGCAACAGCGGAGGAGUAGAGCUGAGAACGGAUCUGGACUACAGCUUGCUGGGCCAGGAAACAGACGGGUACUCCGGCUCAGACAUAAAACUCGUGUGCAAGGAAGCAGCCAUGAGACCAGUGAGGAAAAUUUUCGAUGCUCUUGAAAAUCAUCAGCCAGGUAACAGUAACUUACCCGUGAUCCGCUUGGACACGAUCACCACAGCAGAUUUCCUGGAUGUGAUUGCCCACACCAAGCCAUCAGCAAAGAACCUAAGCCAGAAGUACACAGCUUGGCAGAGAGAAUUUGAGUCAGUUUGAAAUCGAAAACCCUGAAAGACUGAAAACUUCCAAGAUUUUUGCUUUCCAGAAUGGCAUCACCUUGCUUCCAAAGAAUUGAGUGGUGAUGGGGAAGGAAGCGCUGUUGUUUCCAGGGGAGAUCUUCACUUUCAAAAUGUAAUGGGUGUGUGGCGGGGGUGUGUGUGUGUGUGUGUGUUUUUUGGUUAUUUUUAUUAGCCAUUUUCAAUGACCACUCAAAAAACAUACUUUAUGGAAAUAAUGUAAUCGCAGAUACUAUGUAAUGAAGACUCCAGCCUUAAUUUUAUGUAUAGAGACUUAAAAGACUGCUUGCUUCUCAGUCCUUUUUCAUGACCAUUAUUUACAGGUUUGGGGUGGAAGAUCUGAAGCAGAAAGCUUGUUAAAAAACAGAUCAGUGUAAUUCCCCCUUUCUGAGACUCACUAAAGCAUCACAAUCAGCAUAGCUUUACCAUCAGAGACCCGCACCCUUUUUAAUGAAACAUAAGUGACUGCUUUGAAUGACAUUCAGAAGCUUUGCUGUGCUUCAUAGACCAAGACAUUGUUUUUGGCUGACAUCAACAUCUUGAUGUGCCACCUGUAUUAACUUGCCUGUUGGUUCUGGGUAUUUCCAAGGUGGGAAAGGCAAUGAAUUAGAGGAACUUGGAGACACUGUAGAAAAUCAGCACAUUUAGGCUUAUCUAACUAGAAACUGGAUUGGUGAUUACCCACUGGUUCCCAGCCAGCCAUAAAACGCUAAGAGCGAGACUUUGCAGCGCAGCAGUAAAUACUAGCCAAGUUGGAGGCUUUUCUGCUUAUAAACGCAGCCAGGUAACCAGUCAGGACUGCCACACCUCCCUUCACCUUUUCAUUAGGAAUUCUAAUCAGUCAUGUUUUCAGGCUCUCGGGUCUCAUGGCUGCCACCCUCUUGCCUGGCAAGAGAGUUACCCUCUCUGCCGUUCUCCCAGUGUUCUUGCAUCAGCUUCUGUACAGCUGCUCUUGUAAGACAUACCACAGGCUUGCAUGCUUUCCAGUACGCUCCGGGACCUCUAAAGCACCGACAGUCUCUUUACUGUUCUAGCAUCACUCACGUUGUCAGAAGUCUUUAUGGGGAAUGUCUUCACAGGUUUUUUGCUUAUAGAUCUCUCGCCUCCUGAACCUGACUGACUGUGGGCCAAAGAGCUCCCUGACAUACUCCAAGCAGGAACCAACACAGGUUCAGAAUUGUUGGUGUGGAAAAGAGGUGUGUGGAUUUAUUCAAAAGCAUAGGUUACAACUUCUGAGGGCGUGCAAACAGUAUCUAAAGAUGGCCUUUGUUCCCGGCGGGGGGCAGUUAUUGCUUCCUGUAUGUCCACGGCCGAGUCUCCUCCACCCAUACAUUCUGU